AAAAGUGAUUACUGAUUACUAAAGUUUAUUUUUUAAUAGGUGUAUUUAAAAAUGCAUAAAUAAUUUCUAAGCAGUUAGAAUCAUAUAAUGCGAAAACAAUUAUUACGGACAUGAAAUCAAGUAAAGUUGAGUAACUUGUGCACAGUAAAAUGUAAAUAAAUAAAAUAUUGGGCGACUAAACAAGUGACUAUAGCUUGUCUUUAAUUUUUGGCAAGGAAAAGUGUUUUAAAACUUACCUAAAAGUAUUUUUCAUAAAAUAUGGCCAAAACUACGAACGAUUUUAUUAAAAAUUCAUUUUCUCCCAUAAUAGCUACUUUGAGUAGUCCAAAAGUUGAAUCUGUUGUGUCCAAAAACUACGUUACAUUCCCUGAAUUAUUACAACCUUUUGGAUUUCUGGAUUCAGAAGGUCAUUUUAGGGAACCUGGAGGUAGUCAGUGUACAGUUAAAAAUUUAAAAUUAGUUAUAAGAGAUGUCAAUUGGAAACCUUUACCACCAACAGAAGCAAGAAGACAGUUAAAUAAUGCUGUUCUCUAUAAUUUUAAUGAAAAUACAUCACCCAAGCUAAUAGAUGAUCAUCAUAAUUUUAAUGUACCUAAAGCUACCCCAUGGUUUGACGCAUGGAAAGAAACAUACCUGGAAGUUCAAUUUCCCUCAGACCAUGAAUUUACAAAGCACUUCAUAUCUUGUAUAAUUGUCGCAACAACAUUAGAAGAUAAUAUUAUUGAUGUCUAUAAUACAUUAAAUCAACAAUAUGCUCAACUACAAAAUGUUACACCUCCAAAGCUACCAAAAUGGUUUAAUAAUUCUGUAUUGAAGUCAUAUCUACUGUUGCAUGAUGUUUCAAUGGUACCUAAAGAAAAGGCGGAUGCUUCUUUUGAAUUGAUGAAGCAGACAUUUGGUGCAUCAAACUGUUUUAUGCUAAGUAUUAAUUCUAGACAGCAUAUGGAAUCAAAGUUGCCAAUAGAUUACUGGUCACAAUAUGUAAUAAGACCUUCACAAGACAUUACAAAUAAGAAUGAUUUGACAUUACCUCCAACUCAAAUACCUACCGCAUUACCAGAACCAUUGGUGGUGCAAUUACCUCAUAAUGCUGCAUCAGAUACAAAUAUGUUUCCCACGACUGUUUCAGAAGAUUCACACCCUUUAACUACAAAUGAAAAUGAUGUCUAUGAUAACGCAAACAGUCUUAUGAGUCACUCAUUUUCUGGAAGCGCGGAGAGCGUAAAUGUACCGGGUAGACUCGCCGACACAGAAGUUCAUGGGGCAGCUCUGAAUGUUACUGAUGUAGAUGCCAUUAAAGAAUUCUUAUCGGAAUACACAUCAAGGGCGUUGUUGCCGCAUAUUGAGAAACUGAUAGCACAGUUAACAGAAAUUGUUGCAAACAAGAAAGGAGUGAGUCGUUCGCUGUUGUCUGCCACAAAGAGAUGGUUUACUACGGGGAAAUCUGGCACCACAACCAUUAACAAUACUGUCAUAUACUCCAGUGACUGCCCCGAGCUACAACUUCGGCGGCUGGGCGAUCUUUGGUUCAUGUGUGGGCAGUGGCAUCGUGCCUACGACGCAUACCAUACUGCUAAGAGAGAGUUCUACGCGGACAGCGCGUGGUUGUGCUACGCGGGAGCGCUCGAGAUGGCCGCCGUUAGCGCCUUCAUGGCGGGCGAGGCUAACAGAAAAACCUUCGCCUACAUGGAGGAGAGUAUCGUCACAUAUUUAAAUACAUGCCGCAUGGUACAAUACGCGGUGCGGGCGACACUGCUAUCAGUUCCUUGUCUUAUAAACGCGGGGAUGUACGGAGAAGCAGCGAAACAGCUGAUCCGCAUGACGUCAGAGGACAGCGACUUGAGGAGUGCAAUGCUUCUUGAGCAGGCGGCUCUGUGCUUCCUUCUGGGACCGAGCAACAAAAUAAUGAGCAGGAAGUAUGCCUUCCACAUGGUGCUCGCUGGACACAGAUUCUCGAAGGCGGGUCAAAAGAAGCACGCGUACAGAUGUUAUAAUCAAGCUUAUCAGGUGUACAAGGAUAGCAACUGGCGUCUGUCGACGGACCACGUGCAGUUCGCCCUAGGGCGACUGGCGGGCGCCCUCAAGAUGCCCCGCGAGGCAGCCCUAUGGCUGGCGGCACCACUCGCGCCCUACGAGCCCUCCCACCAGGAGCAGGCACAACAGGACGCCUUUAUGCGGGAAUUCUUGCUCGCUCAUCAGCAAUUGGUAGAGAAUUCAGAUGAAUAUAAGGAAAAGUUACCAACUUUGCCUGUUCCGCUGCUAAUGUCGGAACAGACGGCUGUUUUGUGCGUGGGACCAGCGCCGCUUUCGUCCCCGGGCCGCGUCCCUGCCACCUCGAUAUCGUUCCUCGGGGAUGAACAAACAGACAGCUGUUACUGGAGCAAGCUGGAGGAAGCGGCGCUUCAAGUGGCUCAGGGGAGUGUCCCUAUGAUAUUCAAGCCAACCUACGAUUUGUAUUCACAUAAAGCUGAUAGCAAUCCAGUGGUACCACGUGGAGAACCAUUACAAAUAUCGGUAUGUUUAAAGAAUCCCCUAAAGGUCGCCCUACUGUUGAAAGAUUUAGAGAUAUUAUGGAGAUUCAGUUCAAGUGCCGACAGUGCUGAAGUACAGGAAGAGGCAAUUAGCAAUGAGUCAAGGAUAGCCAGCGGCCUCAGCAUUGAAAGUAAUGUCAUUCACAGCCAGAAAAUUAAAUCUUUACUAUUGGAAGGGCAGCGCGAGAGUAUGCUCACUUUUGGCUUGACUCCGUUGAAAUUGGGACACUUGGAUAUACUAGGCGUGGCUUACAAAUUGAUGAACGCUGGUGAAGGAAGGGAUAUUCAAAAUGGCGUGACUGUCUCUGGAAAGCUAAAUCUUCAAGCGGACGCCAGCUGUAAUAAACGAUUGCAUAUUACAAUUAUAGAUCAUGCACCAUGUUUGCAGAUGACCUUCACGGAAAUCAACACGGAUGUCGUCAGUGGUGAACUUAUUACGCUGGACGUAGACUUCCGGAACGUGGGUCCGGCCGCUAUGAACAACCUACACGUGGCCGUCUCACAUCCGGAGUGCAUGUGUGUCGCCACCAACGACGACCAAAUAGACAACUCCUUUAAGGAACUGUACGAGGAUAAAUAUAAGGAGCCGGCCGACGAAGCAGUUGUUUACUUAAAUAUGUUAGACGAGCGGGCGCUACGGGCGUACUCACGCAACAUGGCGGCGCGGCGGCGAGUGAGUGCCGUGUGUUGCGGCGUGUCGGCGGGCGGGGCCACGUGCACCUCGCUAGCACUGCGCCCGCACACCGCGGCCUCGGCGCUCUACCUGCUGGCUUACUAUGAAACUGGCCUGAAGGCAAGACCCUACCGCUUGCUGAGGCACGUCUUCCGGUUCACCGUCACUGAUGCAGUUGAAAUGCAAGUGACACCUCGCCGAAGUCUCGGACGACUGGGGGAUAUAGCUGUUGAGAAUUUGCAACUGGCUGUCGAAGUAAAGAAUAUAAGCAACGAAAAAGAUGAAAGAAUAUCAAUCGAAGUAUUAGAAGCUUCAUUACUUAGUAGGCAAUGGAAAUUAACAGACCUAACAAAGGCUUCGGAUGUCAAUAAUUUGCUUGUUGCACGCGAAAGAAUGCAUCUUGUAUUUAAAGGUGUCAGAAUUCUUGACGAACUACAAGAGGGCCAUAUCGAACAUUCGCACUUAAAGGUUAAGAAAAGCGAUCCAGAUAAUUCAAAUUACAAAUUUUUGUACAACAAAUUUGUCACCGAUAAUGUGACCUCUAUUUUGGAUAACAUUGAUUUCGCCAAUAAUGAACAAAAGACAACAGGAUUGAUACAAUCCAUGUUUAUCUUAAGGUGGAAAUCGUAUAAUAAAAAGAAUAAUAAAACUGUUAUUGGCCAGCAUUGCCUCUGGUUGGAGUGUUUCUCGAAAUCUUUAAACACUAGAAGCGAGAAAAUUAUCGAUCACUCUUUACUACUAGAUGAACUCGAUAGCAAGGUCGAUAUAAAGAACAAUAAAAUUAGUAAUGAAAAUAAUAAUAUGAUUAUGAUGAGAUUGGAGCAUUCCAAGUGUGUCGACCACGACUUCAAUGUCAGAAAGCUAUGUAUUAUACCGGUAGCUGUUAAUAUAGUGAAUUGUUACGGGGAGCCAGUUCAGGUGUUUAUUCACAUGUCACAACAUCAAAACAGGGAGUCAAGUGGAGUGCUCGGCUGGACCGGGGCAUUGAAUAACGGACCGUCACCGGACUCCAACGAGUUGGGGAUAAGUGUCAGAUUAGAAAAAUUUGAAACACGCCGCGUACAGAUGCGUGCCCUGUGCGUCGCUCCGGGGACGUACACAGUGGACGGUGCAUUCUCCGCCACGUGCGCUCCACUUAACAACACCCCAUCUAAACAAUUUAUGAACAAUUCGUCGUUGUUGAUAGUUAAACAGUCUACUUAGUCGUUGUCAGUAUAUAAUGUUUAUAAUAUAUAAUAUAAAUUAAUGUUUUUAAUAUAUAAUUCAUAUUGUU